CUCUCUCUCUCUCUCUCUCUCUCUUCCGGCUUGCCAACCCUCGUGAGAAGUCCCAGAAGGGCACUGGAGCUGUAUCAUUUAAUGGCGGUUUCUGAGAUUGCCUGACAAGACCCUUCUCUCUCUCUCUCUCUCUUUAAACCCUCCAUUUCCCCAAGUCACACACAGCCCAAAGCCCUGCUCUCAUACAUCCAUGCAUGCAUGAGUGCAACGAACAGGCGUCUCUACCCGACUCUUCAUCCUGUUCUUCUCCUCCUUCCUCUUUUCAGACAACACCGGAUAAAGUACAGAGAUGGAUACGGACCGGAGGAUCACGCUGGUUGUUCUACUGGUGGUGAUCUCUUUCCUGCCUCCUUCGGCUCUCUGUCGCUACUUGGACUCGGUGUACAUGGAAGUUCUUUUUGAGGUGAGGAAAUCUUUCACGGAGGACCCCCGAGGAGUGCUCGACGACUGGAGAAGGGAUAACCCGGACUACUGCUCUUGGAAUGGAGUCACCUGCGAUCUGGACUCGGCGGUGGUGGCUCUCAAUCUCUCCUCCUCGUCGCUGGCUGGCUCCCUCUCCCGCUCCCUCGGCCGGCUGAGUCGACUCGCCACCCUCGAUGUCUCCUCCAACCGGUUCACGGGUACCAUCCCGAGCCAGCUCGCCGGGCUCUCCGCUCUGACCACUCUCUUCCUCUACUCCAACCGUCUCUCGGGAACGAUUCCCUCUUCGCUCGGCUCGCUCUCCAGCCUUCGAGUCAUCCGGCUGGGCGACAACCCAGGCCUGUCGGGACCGAUCCCGGACUCGUUCGGCGACCUCCGGAACCUGACCACUCUCGCCUUGGCCCUCUGCAACCUCUCCGGCUCCAUUCCGCGUCGACUCGGCCGGCUGACACAUCUCCAGAACUUAGUCCUCCAACAGAACCAGCUCGACGGUCAUAUCCCCUCGGAGCUCGGCAAUCUGGCUGAUCUCCGGAUCCUAAACCUUGCCAACAACUUGCUGCAGGGAGAAAUACCGAGUCAACUCGGCAAGCUGAGCCAAUUAACCUACCUCAACAUGAUGUCCAACCGGCUUGAAGGGACCAUUCCGAGAUCUCUCUGCAAGCUCGUCGGCCUUCAAAAUCUGGACUUGUCGAUGAACGAGCUCGAAGGCGAGUUCCCCGCCGAGCUCGGCCAACUGAGUGAACUCAAUUAUCUAGUCUUGUCCAACAACAAACUCUCCGGCGGCCUGCCGGAGGACCUCUGCCAAAAUGCGACUAGGUUGCAGCACUUGUUCCUGUCCACCAACAGGUUCUCCGGUCAAAUUCCGGCCGGCUUGGUCCAAUGCCUGUCCUUGACGCAAUUGGAUUUGGCAAACAACAGCUUCACUGGCGCAAUCCCGGUCGAACUCGGUGAGCUCGUCGACCUUACUGAUCUCCUGCUCAACAAUAACAGCUUGUCGGGUUCGAUUCUUCGCGAAUUCGGCAACCUCAGCAAUCUUCAGAUACUGACGCUCUAUCACAAUGAGCUGCGAGGGCAGCUGCCGGAGGAGAUUGGCAGGUUGCAGCAACUGCAGAUCCUUUAUCUCUAUGAAAACCAGUUGUCCGGCGAGAUCCCCUCGGCCAUCGGGAACUGUUCAAGCUUGAAAAUGAUCGAUUUCUACGGUAACCAGUUCUCUGGCGGCAUUCCGGCGACUAUCGGCAGGCUGGAGCAGCUCAGUUUCCUGCAUCUGAGGCAGAACGACCUCUCCAGCAAGAUCCCCGCGUCGCUGGGCAAUUGCCGGCAGCUCACGAUCCUCGACUUGGCCGACAACCGGCUCCCUGGCGGGAUUCCGGCAACUUUUGGGCUCCUGAAAUCGCUCCAACAGCUCAUGCUGUACAACAACUCGCUCGAAGGAAGCAUCCCCGAUGAGAUGUUUGAUUGCCGGAACAUCACGAGAGUGAACCUGUCCAACAACCGGUUCAACGGGAGCAUCCUUCCGCUGUGCGGCUCGACCUCGCUUCUGUCGUUCGAUCUCACCAACAAUUCCUUCAACCUGGAGAUUCCAGCGCAACUCGGAAACUCACCGGCGCUCGAGCGGAUCCGGCUGGGGAACAAUCGUCUGACCGGCAAGAUACCGCCGAUGCUCGGAGAAAUCGGGGCUCUCUCGCUUCUGGACUUGUCGAGCAACUUGCUGACCGGAGUAAUACCGAAGGAACUGGCGGCAUGCAAGAAUCUCACCCACAUUGUUCUGAACAAUAAUCGGCUAACUGGAGUCGUCCCGACGUGGCUUGGGAGCAUACCGCAGCUGGGGGAGCUCAAACUCUCUUCUAACAGAUUCUUUGGGCCUCUUCCUGUUGAGCUCUUCAAUUGCUCCAAUCUACUGAAGGUCUCUCUCGCAGAUAACUCACUCAGUGGCUCACUCCCUCCUGAAAUUGGCAAACUUACAUCCGUCAAUGUCCUGGACUUAGCCCACAAUCAGUUCUCUGGAGCAAUCCCUGCCUCCAUAGCGCAGCUAAGCAAGCUUUAUGAGCUCCGGUUGUCGAGGAAUCUGUUCACCGGGCCGGUCCUGGUCGAGCUUGGACGACUGCAGGAACUACAGAGUGCGUUAGACCUCAGCUUCAACAACCUCAGCGGCGAGAUUCCGUCAUCGCUUGCGUCGCUUGCGAAGCUCGAAUAUCUGAACCUCUCGCACAAUUUUCUGACCGGAGAUGUCCCGCGACAAAUAGGUGAAAUGAGUAGCUUGGUGGUGCUCGAUCUCUCGAGCAACGAUUUGGAGGGGCAAUUGGACGGCCGAUUCGCCCGCUGGCCACCGCAGUCUUUCGCUGCGAACCUUGGUCUCUGCGGGAGUCCCCUCCAGCCGUGCAACAUUAUCAGUCCCGCCUGCGAAGGUUCCACCUUAAGCUCAGCUGCUGUAGCCGUGAUCUCUGCCACCGUGACGCUGGUGAUCAUUCUCCUGCUGAUAGCCGCUGUGUUAUGGAUCAGAAGGCGGUGCGCAGAGAGAUCAAGCGAGGUCAAUUGCGCAUACUCCUUCAAGGGUUCCUCUUCCAAGAUUCAUCGAGAACUGAUCGUGAAGGGAUCCACGAGGCGAGAACUCAAAUGGGAAGCUAUCAUGGAAGCGACGUGCAACCUGAGCGACGAGUUCGUCAUCGGUUCUGGCGGGUCGGGCACCGUCUACAGAGUUGAAAUGCCGUCCGGUGAGACAGUGGCCGUGAAGAAGAUUCUGCAUGACAAAAGGGAAUCCUUGCUGCAAGACAAGAGCUUCGUGAGAGAGGUGAAAAUUCUUGGCCGGAUCAGGCACCGGCAUUUGGUCAAGCUACUGGGUUACCUUAGCAGAAAUCAGGGGGAGCAUCUGCUGGUAUACGAGUACAUGGAGAAUGGAAGCCUGUGGAAUUGGCUGCACGAGCCUGCAGUGAGCCAGAAGAGGAAGCGGGAGCUGAGCUGGGAGGCCAGGUUGAAGAUCGCGAUCGGCCUUGCCAAAGGAGUGGAGUACCUGCACCACGACUGCGUGCCAAUGAUAGUUCACAGGGAUAUCAAGUCGAGCAAUGUGCUGCUCGACGGUGACAUGGAGGCGCAUUUGGGCGACUUUGGACUGGCAAAGGCAGUCGCCGCCGAGAAUUACCCGGACGGUUCGGCACGGUACACGGAGACUGGCUCCUGCUUCGCCGGAUCCUAUGGCUACAUGGCUCCAGAAUAUGCUUACUCCCCAAAGGCGACGGAGAAGAGCGACGUCUACAGCAUGGGCAUUGUUCUCAUGGAGCUCGUUAGCGGGUUAAUGCCCACAGAUCGGAGGUUCGGAGGAGACGUGAAUAUGGUGACCUGGGUGCAGUCUCGGACUGCGACGACGAUGACGGUGACAGAGCGGGAGGAGUUGCUGGAUCCUGCUCUGAAGCCGGUGGCACCGCGUGAGGAGGCCUCUCUGUUUGAAGUGCUCAAUGUGGCCUUGCAAUGCACCAGGAGGGCUCCUUCCGAGCGGCCUAGUUCGCGCCAGGUCUCUGAUAAGCUGCUUCACGUUUCCCUGAAGAUUCAGAGAGUAAGCACCGGAAAGAAAGUUGCAGUAUAAGCAUUCUGGCAGAUUAGUUGUGUCGAAGCCUUAGUUUGGUUGGUUGACUUGAACAAAACCACCAUUAGGCACAAUUGGUAGCUCAGAGAAAAUGAUCACUAAUAAUAGUACAGUCGUGUCCAUGUAGCAGGUCUAGUGGAGGUGAAGAAUGGAAGAGAUGUUCAUUCAAAUGCUAACAUGAAAGCAGAGUCAUCAUGUUGGGAGAAAACAACAUGCCUAGAGUAUUCAAAGAGUCAAAUUUCUAAGAACAGACAUUCACCUUGCAGGUUUACUAU